AUGGCUGCUGUACCUUCGCAAGACGCCACCUCCUCACUUUACUCUCUCCUCCUCCUCCCUUCUAGCCCCCCCUUGCCCCCCCCCAGCUUCUCUCUCCUCGACAGAGGGGAAGAGGCUGUGGAGGAGACAGCAGGGGAGAUUUGGAAGGAGUUUGCAGGAGAGACUGUAUGUGAGAAAGGUGAACGUCAGCCUGAGCCUGCAGGCAAGAAGAAGAAACGCAGAAACAGAAAGAAGAAUCGAAAGGUCGAGAUAGAGUUAUCCGGACCAGCGCUCGAAAACCUGCAAUAUCAGGCGAGCAGAGCGAACUGCUUCUAUCCAAAGGGGAGCGAGUGGGAGGGAGAGCCCGACGUUGAAAGGUUCUUGAAUGAGGUUGCUCAGGGUCUCCACCAGUUGGAUCCGGUUCCGAAGCCAAGUCGUAAUUUUGAGGAUCUAUGGAAGGAGGUGAAGGCGGAGCUACAGCUGCCGUCAGAUUGCAACCCCACCAAUAUUGAAGAGAUCGAGGAUGAGCGGGCUAUGCUGCUCCACAUCAAAAAGGCUCAACAGGAAUUCAUGCCUUAUCUAGACAUGUUCAUACAAUCUACUGCAUCCUUUUGCGGAGAGGGGAAUACCCCAGAAGAGUAUUUGGAGUUUUUUGAUGAGUUGUUCAGACCACAAAGCAUUGGCUACCUUAACCACAACGGUGGGGCAAGCGAUGAAGUCGACGAGGAAGCGCAUUCCCAGAUGGCGAUGUACUAUGUGAUAAGGAGCUCAGGGUUCAGAAAAAGGGUUCGAGAGAUGUGUCUGGCAGGAUUGAUAUAG